UCUAUGACCGUCACUAAUAUUGUACUUUACUAAUAUUGUUUUCGUUGUAAAUAGUUUACCGUAUAUAUUUGUUCGCCGUACAUAAUUAUCGUACGUUAUAAUUAACACAUUAAUUUUGAAAAAUGAAGAGAUCGCCAUUAAAUACUCCACAUGGUAGUCGAACGUACGGUGCAAGACAUACGCCAUACAAUUGGAAAUUAAACGAAAACGCGAAUAAUAGAGGUUAUCAGUCCGUUAAUAAUAGUUAUCAGCGUUUUUCUGUAAACAAUGAAUUGCAGGCUGGCGGGGAUAAUUUUAUUCCUCUAAACGUUAGCACGCCGGUGACACAACACGAAAAGCACAAUACUAAUCGGUAUAGCCCUGCGAAUGGACGCAAUAGCGCCAGUCCAGGUAGUGCGUGGUAUAAUAACAGGAAUAACUAUCACGCUACUUCAAGAUCAAAUUGUAAUAAUCGGUAUUCUACUUACAAGCAUUCUGGCAAUCAAUUCCAUGGACAAAAAAGAAAGUGUUAUAAAGGAAUGCAUAGACAAGCAAACAUAUCAGCAUAUAUAGAUAUAAAUUCCUUUUUGGAAGAUCCUUGGGAAGAUCUAGUCAAAAAAUUUAAUUCAAAAGAAAUAAGCAAAAGUGAAACAUCUAAGAAUGAAUCUCUAUGCAGUUUAAAAUUAGCAGAUAAUGAUCUUGUAAAAAAAUCUGAGAAUAAAUUUUCAAGAGAUAUAAACUUGGAUGAUUCACAGCGCAGUCAAGAGACUAAAAAUGAUCAGAUUUGUAUAGACAUAAGUUUGGAAACAGAGAAUACAGAUCUCAGUCAAAUAUCAAAUAAUUCAAUAAAUUUGGAAACUGACGAUAUUUGCUCGAGUCAAGAUUCAUUAAAUGAAAAUUCAUAUAAUAUUAAUAGCAACAUUUGUGGAAUCAUAGAAGAGAAGGAUAAUACUCAUUCAAAUGCAUUAUUGACAGACAUUGAUCAGAAAAAUAUAUAACAGUAAAUAAAGAAGAACAUUUAUAUUAUGAAGAGAAAUAAUACUGGGCAAAAAUACAUGUAAUAAUUGUUGCUGUACAGAUAUUCAUGAAUUGUAUAUAGAUAUUGUAUAUAAGUACAUCAUAGAAAAAAUUUAAUGUAUUAAAAUUUUUUGAGAUGCAUUUUUUUGGAAACAGGUUAGAGUUGUGAAAUUAUAUUCAAAAUGUAUGUGAUGCACAGCAAGCUAACAUUAUCUUAUAGAUUAUAUAUUUUCACAAUUUGGCUGUGAAAAAAAGAUGUAUAAAAAUGUAUUAUAGACUUAUAUAGUUAUAUGUGCAAUUUUGUAGUACAUAUGAGUCCACUAAGAAUACAAGAACUUGAGGAAACAGUAAACACCAAUUUCUGACUAGUAGAACUGUGUUUAGUCUUAUUAAAGAAUCUUAAGACAGAAUUAUAAAAAAACACAUUAUAAAAAAAGCAUAUGAGAUUUGAAAUUUUAUUAAAAAGUGUAGAAUCUCUGUUCGCUUUUUAAAUUCAUCUUUUAAGCUAUUAAUUUUCAAAGUUUACUUAAAAUAUCAAUUUUGAUACUUGAACAUAAUAGGCCAAUACUAUUUUGGUAUAAAUAUUAAUUAUAAAUAUUACAUUAAUUUUUUUUAUUCUUAUUUAGCAAGUUUGUAAAUAUAUUCAGUAUCAAUCUUAUGAUUAAUAUUUACAAAAUUUUCGUAAAUUCUGGAUUUAUAAGUAAGCUACUUAACUUUAUAUUGGAUAUAUCCAUCUUUUUAUAUGAAUAUUUCGAAUUUAAAAUAUAUUAUUUUCUCAUUUAAUAUUAGAAUAUAA